AAUAAUACAAUAAUAUACAAUUUAUCUAUGAUAUAGAAGAAUAGGACUUGACGUGUUCAUAUUGUAUAAUCAGUAAUCACUAAAAUAGUCAUCAACAGUAAGUUAUUGUUAUUGUAUGAGAAUUAUUGAGUUUAUACGGCCCUCCGUAGUUCCGUACAUGGUUCCGUUGUCCGUACACCGUCUGUAUCAGUGUAUUUUGUCUGGUUAGUGGUUGGAAUUGGAAGUCGUGACUCGUGACUAACACUUAGCAGUUGACGGUAUAUUCCGUCUCCUCAAGUACCGAAGGGCGAAGACUAUUAUUUAUUAUUUUAUUUUCUACUCCGCCGCCGUCGCAUCAGACUACCUACUUGUAAUCAGAAAACGUUUAAUCACGAUUAACRUUCUACAACAGUAACCAAUAACAAUAUUUUUAUUUUAACACUCGCUAGUGGUAAUAAAUCAAAAUCAAACGCCUAAGUCACGGUUUGUAUUGCUAAACAUAUUACGCACAGAUUCAUUUAUAAUAUACUUAUAUAUCCCAAAAGACAUCUGCCAAAACGUACGGGUUUGCCAGCUACAACGUCAUUGUUUGUAUAAUAAAUCACAAACAAAUUUGCUACACGACUGCUAUCAAUGGCGGAUGAGCUAAUCAAUUACAAAUUGCAACUGCAGCAGAUGCAGCAAUGGGAAACAUUAUUAGCAUCAUCGGCAUCAUCCAAAGUAUUAAGAGAAAAUUUGCUGUUCAUAAAAGUCUUCAGAUUUGCUUUACCUGCAUUAUACCCAAUUCGCCUGGCAACAGCUGCAGUUGGAACAGUUGUAGCUGAUGUUUAUUCACCAACUGUUUGGUUUCUGUAAAAACAAACAACCAUGGUCUGUAUUUAAUUAAAAGUACUCCUGGUUGAGAUUUUAGAAAAAAAAUUUUAAAAAAUUGUCGGAAUUUUUAGGAUUCAGUCAUGUUGAACAUUCUACAUCCGGAUGUAAUCGUUUAUACGCACCGGUAGAAGCUGCAUUGACAAAUAGUCCUGAUGACCCUGAACUUAUGAAAUUAAAAACUGAUUUAGAAGAAGUUAUUGAAUUAACAGCUGAACUAGUAAGAACACAAACUCAGCCAAAAAAAGAAGUUGUGCAAACAAAAAAAGAAUCAACAUAUCAACCUGAUAUACUGCCGUCUGUUGCAAAGACGAAAGGUGAAUGGAAAUCAGGAGACAGAUGUUUAGCACAACUAGCAGAUGAUGGUAAAUUCUACGAAGGUACUAUUGAGACUAUUGAUGGAGAAGCAGUGGCAGUUUUAAUAGACGGACAAAAAGCUGCUGCAGUAACUACAUUAGAUUAUAUUAAAGAUUUACCUAGGACUCAUCCUAAUGAAAUGAAGCACAAAAAACAACCAGUAGCCAAAUAUAAAGAAUAUCAGAAAAAAAGAAAACUUGCUAAACAGCAGAGGUUUAAACAAUUAGAAGAGGAACGUGAAGUAGAAAAAAAUAAAUGGCUAGCAUUUGCUACUAAAGGUGUGAAAAAAGGUAUACCAAAAAAAAGCAUAUUUGCCAGUCCUGAUAAUGUUAAUGGGCGAGUUGGCAUUGGCACCUGUGGCUUAGGUGGWAAAGGUAUGACUGAAUUUCCAACAGCUGAGAAAAGAAAAAAAUAAAACUGCACCCAAUGUGUUGUGUUUAAAUUUUGUAAAAAAAAUUAAAGCUAUCAUAUCAACAUGCUUGUUUACCUUUAUUAAUUGUAAUUUUUUUUUCUCACAAUAUUAAUG